CCCUCCCACUCGUCUCCUCCGCGGCUCGUUGAAGUUCUCGCCUCCUUCACUUCAAUGAGCGCUAUUGUUAAAGGGCUCGUGCGCCUCUGGACGCUGGCGGAGCGGGGUUUUGGAGCAGAACGAGUGCGCCGCGGUGAGACGCAGUUGGGGCUUGAACGGUGCGUGAACUCGAUGCGUUACGCGAACCGUUGCGGACUUUUGCAUCAGGAGUCGCGACGACAGCGUGAAUAAAACCGACCCAGAAACCAGGUCCAGCGCAUUCCGACGGAUUUUGGAUUACUCUGCGAAGGGAUCCAGGCCUGACAUCAGCAUGUUAGCUCAUGUCCUGCUUCUGUUGCUCUCGUCUGGUCUGGUGUCGGCUUCAGGCUGUCCGGUGGACUGUACCUGCCAGCUCAAGGACUCCAUAUUUUGCAGUAAUCGACAGUCCAGCACUGUGCCCCGUGUCCCCACCACCACCCAACACCUCUACAUCUUCAAAAACGGCAUACACACUUUGUCCCAAGAUGACUUCAAAGACCUGGGGGAGUUGGAGAUGCUAGAUCUGAGCCAAAAUGAGCUGGCAGAGAUUCCAGAUGGUGUGUUUGAGAUGCUUUCAAAGCUCAAGAACUUGGACCUCUCCUCUAACCACAUCACUCACAUUUCAAAAGAUAGUUUUUCGGGGCUGGUCCAGUUGGAGAGGCUCUAUCUUCAUGCAAAUCGCAUACAGAUCAUCCAUGUGGGAGCUUUUGAUGGUUUAGAGAUGCUGCUAGAACUCAAGCUCCAAGGUAAUCAACUCUCCUCCUUGCCCUCCCUUCAGUUUCCUAGACUUCUGCUUCUAGACCUCAGCUACAACACCCUCCCAUCUCUAGGACCCUCAGAUCUCAAUACUCCACACCUGGAGGCCCUCAAACUGACCUCCUUGGGGCUUACCUCUCUGGAUGAUGCUCUCAUUGCCUCUCUAAGAAAUCUCCAUGACCUUGACAUCUCUAUGAAUCAGCUGUCUGAGGUGCCGCUGGCCCUAAUGCAGAACUCUCUUAAGGGGCUAACCAAGCUUAGCCUGGCAGGCAAUCCACUGGGGGAGCUCAAGGUGGAAGACUUCCAUAAACUGACUGGACUUCAAGAGCUGGAUCUCAGUUCACUUAAUCUCCAGGGAUUCUCUCAGAAUUUUUUCCAGGCCUUCCCUAGGUUGAUGCACUUGACAGCAGCUGAGAACCCAUUCAACUGUUUGUGUCCAUUAGCCUGGUUCCCUGUGUGGAUAAGAGAGCGGGGCAUCACUGUUGGAAGAACUGAGGAGACGAGAUGCCAUUUCCCUCUAGUUAAUGCUGGAAAGAUGCUUUCAGGGCUCGAUCAUAAAGAUUUUGGAUGCCCACCUACCACAACGACAGAGAUGAUUGGCUUUCCCUUUGGCAGCACUCCUGCUCCUGAGAUGCCCACUACAUCUCCUGAAACCACCCACACUAAUGCGAUUCCUCCUCCUCGAUCCCCCAGCGAGGAAACGGUCUCCUUAAGAACAGAAAUCUUCCCCCUUCUAUCAGAGCCUCCAGUCUCACCUAGCUCCACCAGUGAGCAAUACGACCAACACAUUUGCCCAUCAAACAUCUGUCUCAAUGGAGGCACCUGUAAUUUUGACCCACUGGGUCAACUCAGCUGUCUUUGUGCCUCAGGAACUUCUGGCCUUUACUGUGAAAAUGUGGAUGAAGUUCCUGAGCUGCCAAAACCUUCAGUGACAGAAGGUGUGUCCCCUGUAGUGCCAGUCAAACUUGACGCCAUUAGCUCACGGCAGGUGACCUCAACGUCUAUCCUUCUCGACUUGCACAGAUUCAUUGAAACACGACCACAUAUUCGUGGCAUCAGGUUAACCUAUCGUAACCUGUCAGGGCCUGACCAGCGCCCCAUUAUUCUGAGUCUUCCCGCAUCCUACCCUGAGUACACGUUACGUGGGUUAAGACCCAACUGCACCUAUUCAGUUUGUGCCAGCCCCCUGGGAGAAAAAAUCAGCUCUAGGUCCAACAGCACCGUAGAAACAUUGUCGUGUACAGAGGCUCGUACCGAAGGGGUUCUGGUGACAACCUCUGGGCCCCAGAUAAAGCCACAGAGUCGACUAACAGACACCAUCAUUCCUGCACUGGCUGCACUGGCUUUGGUGCUGGGGUUGGCAGUGGUGGCUGGAAUGAUAAUCUGUCUGCGGAAGAGAAGGCAGGCCAUGGCAGGACUGGAGCUUGAGCUCGGCCCGAGUGAGUCAGACCCCAUGGAGCUGGAGGGGAUUAAAGCUUGCCUGGAGAAUGGGGGAACAUGUUCACUUCCCAGCAAACAGCCAGAGAUUGACCGCUGUCACAGCAAUCCUCAGCUGCCUCCAUCUAUGCAACAAAAUGGGGGUUUGGACUAUGAGGUACCCUUGAUGCAAGGUCACUGCCAGUCAAAUAACAACGUAGCUUUUAUAAAACCAUCUUACUUCUAAGAUGCCACAUGAUAGACUCUUGGAAAAGACUGUGUACACUAAGCUUGGCCAUCAGAACCUCUGAGAUCCUUCUACGUCUCAUUAACAUUCACAUUUUGUGGUUGCACUUACACAUUUGGGAUUGAACCUAGGAUUAGAGCAUAUUGAAAAUGUGCUAAAUCGCUGUGGAAUAAUAAGCAGAGUGUGGUUGCAAGGUAUCAAGCUGGAGAUGAUGUCGAGCAAGUUCGAUGGUGGUUAAACCUCACCGAGAGGUUAAACUGAGUGCAAUAGAUUACAAGGUCUUACAAGCAGCAGAAAUGGAUGUGACUGUAACGGACUGCUUAUUUUCCAAUGUUCUUUUGUUAAACAAGUAUAUGAAUGAGCUGUAAUCCUAUUGCUGGAUUUGGGAUGUGCCGUAGCAUCGGCUACAGAAGUAGGUGACAGAGGAGCAGAUGUGAGUGGUACAGAGUGGUGCAGACUUGGCUUGGCUGGAGGUCCGCAUGGUACAAAUGAGGAUUUGACCGCGUCCAGCUGCUCUUUGGAGGUUGUACAAAAAAUGCACUGAACUUCAUUUUUUUGUUUUCCACGUCCCAGUCCCAGACCGCUCAUCCAACUUUCUGAAGUCCAUGUUUUAUCUUGACACGAUUUAAUCAUUUUUUUCACAUGGACCAUUCGAAACAUCAGUGUCAUGAGAUCUACAAUGUUUCCCUUCGCUUGUGUUUGUAUCACGUCUUUUGUUGUUGAUGUCUAGUCAGUAUUUCUUUUUAAGUUUCCCUAUUGUUUAAAAUAGCUCAAGUCAUGGAACUGACAAUUUGUUUGUAUUUUUAGUGUUAUGCAGCUAAAACUGCCCUGAUUUUCUUGCAUUAAGUUCAGAAAUUAAUAUUUGCACAAGUUUUAAAUGUGCAUCCAUAAAAUGUUCUGUCAUCGCUGCGUUAUAUACAGGAAGAUUUUCCAACAAUAUAGAGAAUGUGAAUGUAACCGUGGAGUGUCAAACACAAUAUUGGCCCUGCCAGACCUCUGCCAGCGCUCCUUAAAGACGCUGUGGAGACAAGCCUCAGACUAUUUGACCGCCAAAGCAACCGACGCCAUUCAAAGCCAACUCCCAUAAAGCAGAACACGUGUGGUGAGUUCAAAGUGACUCCAGGCAGAAUUGUGUGUCUCCUCUCAGUGUUGCUGACCAUAUUGUUUCCAAGGUAAGGUCUAGACAGUGUUUCCUUAGCUUCACUCUGUCGCUGGUUCUGUCUUAACUUCGUGCAUCCAGCAUGUUUUUAGUCAACAGCUUUUAUUGACUUGUGUGUUUGAAGACUGUGAUAAGUUCAGGUUAAAUUCGCCUACUUGUAUUCUUCUGUCCAUGUUGGGGCUAAGAAUAUUAACAACCUUUAAUGUUACUUUGUGUUUUUGAAUACUUUUCUACUUAAGAAAAACCUCAAUAAUCUUAAAAUACAAAUGAUUUUAGGUUUACAAAGACAUGCCUUAGCAACGCUGUUGCAGAGCCUUACUGGUGUCUUGAAGUCUCGUAUUACCUGGUGCAUAUGUUUAGAACAAAAGGGCUUUUACAGUACGUUGUCUCACAAGAUUCUACUGAGAUAUUACAUUACAAACACAAAAAGACAUGAAGUGGAAUGUAAUGAUUUCAGCCAGGUUUAUAACCAAUGCCUUCCUUUGUUGUAGUGUGUGUGUGUGUGUGUGUGUGUGUGUGUGUGUGUGUGUGUGUGUGUGUGUGUGUGUGUGUGUGUGUGUGUCUUUCCCCACACUACGUACAUUCUCAGAUUAAUAUUUGAGCCCACUUUCCUCUCUCCAGAACUGUCCAAAAUCCACCUACCAUCCUUUGGCUUGAUCACUUUCUUCGCUGUCUAACUUCCAGUAUAAACACAGACACAGAUGCUCUAAUAUCUGCUUUCGCCCAAUAUAUCAACUGGAACUCUGUUGCUCUGGACAGUGAGAGGAGCAGGAAAUGUUUGAAAUAGUUUCAAUGUGCUUGUUACAAUACCUUCCCUGUUUAUUUAGGGAACGUUGUAUCUUUUUCUUAAUGUUCUGCGUUUGUUACAUUUUCGUGUACGUGUUUUUCAGAAAAGCAUUGCUGAAGAAAAGAGCAGUAUUAAAACGUAUGAGAAUAUGACA